UUUAAGGCACUUACUUGCUGAGAGGUGGCCAGGGCCCUUAGGUGAAGUUCAGCCUAGGGUUGGCGGGGAAUUACACACCUCUCCAGAAAUCAUUCAGCCUGGGCAUUGUUGUCCCCAACAGAGAAGUCAGAACUCAAGAGGAAAUGAGAAUAUGUAGCGGGUUUCUUUGUGGUUUUAUGAGCAUUACACGCAGGGAUUGCCCCCAAAAAUUGUGUCUAAAUUUCCCAGCCUGUCUAGAAAAUCUGGCUUGCACAGGCGGACCGGAAGCUGCACGCCUCAUGGCGCUGGGCCACCAGGGGGCGCCAGGCAAGCGGCGGCCAGGGCAGCUCGAUGGCUGCUGCACGGUUGCUGCUGCGCCUGGCCGGGCGCCUGGAGUCGGCGAACUUCAUGCAGAGUGUGUGUGGCCUCCUGGGCGCCGAGCAAGGGCCGGGGCCGUGGCACACGCACUGCAGCUUGGAGCGAGGACGCCUUGUCCUCUCCAGGCACUCGUUCCCCGGCGCCUCGGAGAGGCUUCCAAUCCAGAGACCCCCUUUCUGCCCUUUUGCGGCUCUGGACCAGCAGCCCGGGGGCUCCAGGAGCGAGCUGACCACGAAUAGAGGUGUGGAUGUGGCUGUGGCUGUGAUUCUUCAGUCCAGUGACCAGACUGUCUUGUUGACCCGAAGGACAUGCACUCUCCCCAUUUCCCCCAACAUCUGGGUCCCUCCAGGUGGCCACAUGGAACUUGAUGAGGAGAUACUGGAGUGUGGGCUUCGGGAGCUGCAGGAAGAGUGUGGGUUACAGCUGCCCCAGGACCAGUUCUCUUGUGUCCUUCUGGGGUUGUGGGAGUCUGCCUACCCUCCUAGGCUGAGCUGGGGUGUCCCCAAAUACCAUCACCUCAUUCUCUACAUACUCGUGAUCUCCCAGGAGUCACAACAGAAGCUCCAGGCCCGGAUCCAAAUAAAUCCAAAUGAGGUGAGUGCCUUUAUGUGGCUGGGACCAGAUGUAGCAGCGGCUGUGGCUGCAACAGAAGAUGGCACAGAGACACCCGGACGUCUCCUCCAGGACCGGUUACCACCCUCUCUCCCGGCAACCGAACUGAGGGACGACGGAGGGACCCAACCUCUGCUCCUGCCUGUGUCCACACUCCUGCGGACAACCCCAACCACAGCAGAGGACAAAGAACGGGUCAGCUCGGGAACCAAGUUUGCUCUCAGGCUCUGGCUGCAGCAUCUGGGCAGUUGAAGGCAAAAGUGAAGUUUACAUGGAGCCCAGACCAACAAAGGAAGGAUGGGAGUCUGUGAGAUGGUGGAUGUAAAGGCUUCUGCUGCAAAAACCUGAGACCUGAGUUCAAUGCCUGGAAUCUCCUUUAAGGUGGCAGGAGAGGUCCUACCCCAUAAAGCUGGCCUCUGACAUCCACAUGCAAAGCCAAGGCACACAUGCCCACAUAC